ACGUUGGAAACAAAUUCCCGGUUUAAGGCGUUUAAAACUGCAAAUGCAAAGACCUGUUAUGGACAAUGUUCAUAUCAAGAUAGUUGACAACAUGGUUUGCCAAAGAAAAUUAUUAGAUUAAUAAAAUGGACAACAUUCAAUAAGACGAGAACAUAUAGAACGAGAUUGUGAAUGGUAUACAUUGACGAUCCACAUCAUGUCCGCCAAUACUGGGCAUCCAGCAAGCAUCAUGUACAGAGUUAAUGUGUGCUCUAAGUGUCCGGAGCACACAGAAUAUUAUUGUGAAUCAUGCCCAUGUGAUUUGUGUAUACAGUGUAAAGAAAACCACGUAAAAGAUCUUAAAACAGUAGACCAUCAAAUUAUGGCAUAUAGGGAUAAAUUCAACUACAUCUCAAACGAAGAGAUCUGUGUGAGACAUCCCAGCAAUGUUUAUAUAAAGUACUGUGAACCUUGUAACCUCCCCGUUUGUUAUUUUUGUACAAUACGUAAAAAACACAAAAUUGUUGAGUUUAUAACAUCAUUUAAAUCAAAGCAACAACUACACAGAGGAACAAUUCACACCAUCAGAAGUGAGACCCUCUUUCACAGACCCUAUCUCCUGUCAGGAAUCAAAGCCGAUUUCAAAACCUGUCGAACAGUAUUCUCUCUCUAUCAAUCUCUGAUGGCAACAAAAGCCCAGACAAUGAAGGAUCUUAUUGACUAUGUGCAAAACGAUUCCAUGUACAAUGUGUUUUGUGACUUUGAUUUCAAACACAGAUGUUUAAAACAGAAACUAGAAAUGAUCAGACAUAUUGGCAACCUACAGAAAUUUUUACGUAGGUAUGAACAGUCAGCAGUUAAUCCGCUACAGUUUCUAUCAUUCAUAAAGACAGCCAGCCUUUCUUUUAUACAUCUUACUCUUCACGCCAGCCAUCUGUCUAUGACUGAGUCACUCAAUAAAGUAAGUGUGGUAGAGUCCUUGAGUGGAAUUCAAAUCACAGAGAAAGGAAACCGACGCGUAGGAAAUGAUUAUCUGUUGAAAUUGAUGCCAGGUCCUCAGUUCCAUCAAUCUUUUACAACAACAGAUGUCCAUCGUUGUUUCCACAUUUCCUGUGUAACGUCAGACCGUUUUUGGGUCAAUGAUAUAAAAAGUCUUAUUUUGAUCAAUUCAAAUGGUGAAAAACUUUAUCACCUCAGUAAUUUUUGUCGAGGUUUACUUGGAGGAAUACACACAGUAAACAAUGAAAGUGAACUUAUCUUUAUUGACAUAUACUAUAACAUUAACAAACUUUCAAAGGACAAAACAAAGUUCAUUACAUUUAUAGAGACAACAGACACAACAUGGGAACCACAAUGUGUUUACUGGUCCCCAUACAAUGAAGAUCUACUUGUUGGGUUGUAUAACUAUGAUAAUUAUGCACGAAAGAUAGCCCGAUACAACAAGACUGGACAACUAACCAAAACAAUACAACACGAAAACACAGGAAGGGAACUCAAAAUUGGAUCUAUCUAUAUAACCGAAAACAACAAUAGAGAUAUAUUGAUGUCUGAUUAUAAGUGCGGUGCUGUAGUGGUGACAGAGCGUGGGGGAAGACAUCGUUUCUCCUACACAGGUCUUCAAACUAACUCGGGGUUUCUUCCAAGAGGAAUAUGUACUGACGCACUGUCACAUAUCAUUGUGUGCGAUGAUAUGACCGAUACAGUGCAGAUGAUAAAUAAAGAGGGCCGGUUUUUAUCAUAUCUAUUGAUUAGACCAUUCGGGAAAACAUCAGCACGCAGCUUAUGUUAUGAUGUCAACACUCACCGUCUCUUGGUCGGACUAUGCAAAAACAGACUAUGUGUCUACAGGUAUAUCACCAGACAGGACGCUCUAACAGAGCAAUAUGAGGAAAUGAAGUCAUUGAGUGAAAUCCAAAGAGAUCGUGAAACAAAAGAUCCUCUGAACCUGAUGUUAGAUCAUUUUCUCGAACUGGCAGGUGUUGAUAGUUGUUUUCACAUAUCUUGCUUGGCAGUUGACCAGAUCUGGGUCAGUGAUAGAACUAAUAUCAUUUUGACAAAAAUAACUGGCCAGAUACUACAUCAUCUAACAGAUUCGUGUAGAGAUGGAUAUGCCACAGGAUUACACACAGUGAACAGUGAUAGUGAAUUAAUUUAUAUAAAUAGAAAUUAUAACAUUAAAAAGCUGUCAAACGACAACAAAACGACCAUCACAUUUAUAGAGAGAACAGAUAACUCUACCUCUACAUGGAGACCCCGGUGUGUAUAUUGUUCUCUGUCCACCGGUGAUCUUCUGGUUGUCAGGUAUUACAUACACACUGGAACAAGCACAGUAAACCGAUACAACCAAACUGGAGAACUAAAACAAAUCAUACAAAAUGACAGCACAGGAGUUGAACUGUAUAUGGAACCUAACUAUAUAACAGAGAACAAUAAUGGGGACAUCGCUGUGUCCGAUUAUGAUGCUGUAGUGGUGACUGAGCGUGAAGGAAGACAUCGUUUCUCCUACACAGGACAUCCAGCAGGAUCAGUACUACGGCCACGUGGAAUCUGUACUGACGCGCUGUCACACAUCUUGGUGUGUGAUAUUAGAACCAAAUCAGUACAUAUGUUAGACAGAGAUGGUGAAUUCCUGUUACAUUUACUUUCAAAAUCACUUGAGAUGGGUGAACCAAUUAGCCUGAGCUAUGAUAUCAACACUCACCGUCUUUUGGUCGGAUCACAUAACAUCAAAUUGUGCGUCUACAGAUAUAUCUCCGGAAAUUACUCUCUGACAGUAGAAGAACCAGCACCCCGUCCUGAUGAUGAUGGUUUGUCCAGUUCAACACCAGCCUGAGAAUGAAGAUGGACCAGACGUAAAUGUUUCCGUACAAUUCUAGUCCGCCGUCGUAAUAGAUUUUUUCUAAGCCAACCCAAUCUGAAGAAUCAAAUGAUGUCUGUCUGUCUGACUGUGUGUUCGUUCGUCUGUCUGUCUGUCUGUUCUCAAGUGUAAAUUGUGAUGCGAUAUCUUAAGUAGUUUUUAACAUCCAGUUUUCAAAAUUCAAAUAUUGGUAUCACAUGGAUGGAGGAAGGUGCAUAUAUUUUGAGGUCGUUUGCAUUUUAUUGUUUUAAGCUUGAUAAUUUUAUUGAGUAUUAUUGCUAAAGACUUGAAAUAUCUUUAGAAUUUGAGGUCAAUUGUUGUCCAGUCAAUUAAUGAUAAUUUCUUCAAUCAUUUCCUUUAAAAGUUUUUUACACGACUUUUUGCGUAUCUAUACCUUAGAACGUUUACAUCUUGAACAAAUCUAUUUUAUAGAUAAAAGGAAGACUUCUACAUAUAUAAGGUUGACUGCUGGAAGAUUAAGGUCUCAGUUUUUUAACCAUUCAAUUUUUCAUCACACACUAUCUUAUUAAGUUCUAAACAUACACAUUUAUAGGUUUGGAACAGUAGUAUCUGGUCGGUAGUGUAAUACCUAUGUAAUUUAGAGUACUUGCUUAUAAGAAAAGGUUACGUGUUUAAAAUAUGUAUAUGUCUAGAUAUUCUACAAGAUUUCUUUUGAGGUAUAGGAUUAUCUAUAUUGCCACAUUUAAAUGCUUGUACCAUCAACUUGGCAUGGUAAAGUACUUUUAGUACAUUGAUUUUGAUUUUCUUUCUUUCACCUGUUUUUCUCUCCGUCCCUUUCUCUCAUUUCUUGCAAUGAUAUUGUGCUAUCUUACCCCUAGUAUUUUGUGUUUACCUAGUAAAAUUAAACGAUAUUUUAGUUUUGAAAAUUGUACUUGAAAAUUAAUUCUAAAUUUUACCGUUGCUACGCUGUAAUUUAGCAGCAUGUUUGUUUCCGUUACAUUGCUUUUCAAUUCUAUUUUGAAAAGUGUUUAUUGAUAAGUUGAUUAAAGCAUUAUUAUUUGUUGUACUUCAUAAAUUAUAGAAGUGUUCGACGACACAGAAACAUAAAUGAAUGUUUACAGUGUUAUAUAUUUGACACGUGAUAUACUACAGUUCUAGUAAUGGUUAAAGAGCAUUUCAUUCAUCAUUCAUCGUUCGCGUAAUUUGACUUUAAAGGUGCAUUAUCAUGAUUUUGGUCCAAAAAAAAAAUUUUCGUUUAUAUGUUUAUAAUACUUCAGUAAUGCAUUUCUAAUAGUUUACACAAAAUCUAUUUUAUCUAUAUCUAUCAAUUAUCUAUUUUUAGAAUAUUUUGCUUGUAUCUUGUCAACAACCAAUGAACUUUGCAGCACUGUAAUUACGUGAAAGUCACUUUUGUUAUAACCCUGGUUUGUGAAGGACGUUUUUAUGUAAACAGAGAGAUUAUUUGUGUGUAAAUUUAUACUACACCAUCUCCAUUACAUCUAAAUGAUUUAUAUUUGCCACCUUAAAUUUUACAUAGGUUUGGUUUUCAAAAUGUAUUGUAUAUGUCACCUUAAUUUUUACGUUGUUUUGGUUUUUCAUAUGACAGGGAGAUCCCCCUGCCAUUUUGUAUAGUUUGUAUAUAUGUUACCUUGCGAUCUUCCCAUCUUCUAAAUGUGUAUUCAUCAAUGAUGAUUAUGUCUUACUUAUUCUUUAGCGAGAUCCCGCUGCUUGUCUGAAAUUAGGUGCUUAAUAAGUCUUUCCAUGUUUAUCUGGGAUCUCCCUAGUAGUUAAGGUAGUUUAUUCGUAGUUAGUUGUUUAUCUUCGUCAUUAAUAAAAUGACA